AUGGAAUACUCAUUAGAAGCACUGGAAAGAACCUACACGCACCAACUAGGACCCAUCGACACCGCCCUCGAAACCUUUUCCCCUCUCACCGACGCCGAAAUCAACGAAUUCUUCGACGAGCUCGACCUUGACCACGACGGCCUCGUGACUUUUGAGGAAAUUGAGAAAAAACUCCAACUCCUCUACGCAGAACUCGCUCCCCAUUUCCUCAUCGAACCCACACUUGCUCGAACCGCCACUCUCGGACCCGAUGGACUACCCAGUCAAAUCCACCAUAUCAAUCGCAGUAGCCGCACCGCUCAAGAAGGACUGUCCGAUUUUCUUCGUAGUCUUCUCCCCAAGAAAAAACCAUCAACAUCUCAGGAUGCUCAGGAUGCUCAGGAUGCGCAGCAACAGCAACAGCAACAAGAAGGCAUCGACCGCCAAACCUUCCUCCACCACGUGCAAACCUGGAACGUCCCCAGCCGGCUCCAACAAGACCAAACCUCUCUCCACGAAGCCGCUCUCGUGCAAAGAAUCCCUCUCCCCCGCCGUCUAGCAGCCUUCUUCACCGUCCACGGCCCCAGCAUAAUUUUCAUAUCCCUCAUAAUAUCCCUCCAAAUCUAUUUCGCGCAAUACUAUCUCGUGCGCUACAUUCACAAACCCGCUGUCAUCGCCUCAUUAGGUUGGCCGAUUAUUUUGACCAAAACUUGCGUCGGAGCACUUUUUCCGACGCUGGGGUUCAUGUUGUUGAGUAUGAGUCGCAGGUUGUCGACGUGGUGUCGUAGGUGGAAGUGGGUGAGUCGGGUGGUGAAUUGGGAUCGGAGUCAGGUUUUUCAUCAGAGGAUGGCGCUUGUGGGGUUGGGGUUGGCGACGGUGCAUAGUUUGGGACAUUUGGCGGGGACGUUUGUGUAUGGGUCGAGGGAGGGGAGGAGGGAGGCUACGGAGAGGGUUUUGCAUGUUGAUGCUGACUCUGCGACAUAUGGAUGGUUCAUCCGUUCCAGGCCUGGUUGGACAGGCAUCAUGGCAAUCACCACCUUUUGGACAAUUGCUCUCCUUGCCCUUCCUCAAGUCCGAAAAAAGCAUUACGAGAUAUUCCAAAUGGGUCACUUGCUCAUGUUUCCACUAAUAAUUCUCCUCAUCCUCCACGGCUCCGACAAACUCCUCGAAAACCCACACAUCGGCUACUGGAUCGGCCCCGGAGCCAUCCUCCUCUUUCUGGAACGAAGCUGGCGGCAUUUCGUCUGCGGUUUCCGCCCUUAUCGAACUCGCCCCGACGCCCUCGCGGACGGCAUCACGAGGCUGACAAUUUUCUCGCGCAACGGCACCAACUGGAACUACGAAGCAGGACAAUACGUUCUCGUACACAUUCGCGAAAUCAGUGGAUUUGAAUGGCACCCGUUUACAGUCUCUGCAUGUCAUGGAAAUCGACUCUGUUUACAUAUCAAAGCGCAAGAAAAGGGCAGCUGGACGAGAAAAUUGUUGAUGAAAGCACAAACGUGUACUUCGUUGGGAGUCUGUCUUGAUGGACCGUUUGGAGCUCCUGCACAGCAAUUUUAUAAUUAUGAUCAUUCGAUUGUGAUUGGAAGUGGGAUUGGGAUAACGCCUUUUUCGGCCAUUCUCAAUCAUAUGCAAACCAGCUACAACGACGAUCUUGACCCUUGGCAAGAAUCCAAGAGAAGUUCUCGGGCUCGCAAGUCUGCUUCUUCUUUGGUGAGAGUUUCCAUGGUACCUUCGCGAGAUGCAUCACCUUCUUCGAUUGCAUAUCGUGGCCGUUCGGAUUCUACUUCUACCAUUGACAAAGAAGAAGAACAAGAAGAAGAAGACACUACCACCACCACCCAACAACUCGAACUCGACGCUGCCUUACCCAGCACGAACCGCCAUUUCUUCUCUUCCCGAAGAAGAUUUAUCCCUUCUCAUUCUCGCUCUCGCCCCGGCGGAAUCAGCGGCAGCGAACAUCUUCUCCCCCCACUACCCUCUCACCACCGCCACCGAUCCCUCUCCCCAUCCGCCUCCUCCUGCGACGAAAACUCCCCCGAAAACGACGAAAACUCCGAAAAAUCCUCCCCAUCCCCCCGCACAGUCCACUUCCACUGGCUAGUCCGCUCCCAAAACAAUCUCCAAUGGUUCUCCAACCUCCUCAACCGCGCCAUCGCCCUGCGUAUCCCCGGCCUGGAUCUCCAAGUCCACACCUACAUCACCUCUUCCCCCUCCUCUUCUGCAUCAUCAUCAAAAAUGUCCACACACGUCUUUCGUUAUCUCUUGGAUAGUUAUCGUGCCCCCGAAUCUCCUUAUUCGGCGCUGACGGGUUUGAUUCAGCCUUCGAGGUUUGGAAGGCCGGAUAUGGAGGGGAUUUUGGAGGCGCAUUUUAGGGGGUUGUGUGAGCGAAGCGAGCAACGCGAGCAACGCGAGCGCCGUUCUCACAACCGUUCUCGCUCCCACAACCGUUCUCGCUCUCGCUCCCACAGCCGCCCUCGCACUCACUCCCAAAACGACGAAAAUUACGAAUUCCCCAAAAAGGACAACAAAAAGAAAAAACUUCUCGUAGGAGUAUUCUUCUGUGGAGCUCCGGCUUUGGGUUUAGUUUUGAGAGAUAAAUGUCGGGAAUUGACGACGAGGGGGUAUAGUGGAAUUGGUGGAGUUGGAGGAGUUUCAGGAGUCAAGGUCAAGUAUGAAUUUCGGAUGGAAGUUUUUGGAUGA